UUGGAAUGAUGACAACAAACACAAUCCAAUUCUUCUUCUCACCCUAUACAUAUUUCUUUCUACCUCUUCUAGUCCUAAAAGAAAUUUCCACAAUCAAUUUUAAUUUCUGUAGCACCUCAAAUUCCCAACAAAAAAAAAAUGAGUGACCAUCAAGAACAUAUAGUAAUGCUUCCAUUUCUAGCACUUGGCCAUAUGAUACCUUUCUUAGCCUUAGCCAAAAAAAUCCAAGAAAGAACUAACUACAAAAUCACCAUUGUUAGUACCCCUUUAAAUGUCAAAUAUCUUAGUUCCACUAUAGUCAAAGAUUCAACACAACAAGUAGUAGUAACACAAAAUCCCCAAAAUAAUAUUUCUUUAGUUUCACUACCUUAUAAUAGUUGUGAACAUGGUUUACCACCCAAUACAGAGAACACAGAGGCCUUGCCUUUAAAAGAUAUGGUGACAAUUUUCAAUUCUACAUUAUCUCUUAAAGAACCACUAAAAAAGUUGAUUUUUGAGAUUAUUGAAAAAGAUGGUAAGCCACCACUUUGUAUAGUUUCUGAUACAUUUAUGGGAUUUGCUAGUGAAGUUGCAAAAUCUUGUGCAACUUUUAAUGUGAGUUUUACCACAGCUGGUGCUUAUGGGACAGCAGCUUAUGUGUCACUAUGGCUAAAUCUUCCUCAUUUGUUAGCUAUUGAUGGUGUUUUCAAAAUGCCAGGAUUUGAUGAUUCUUGCUGUUUUUUCUCUGUCAAUCAACUUCAUCCAUUUAUGAAAUUAGCAAAUGGUAAUGAUCCUUGGUCUAAAGUGUUGAAAUCUUUGUUUUCACCUUCUUUGGAUUCUUUAGGAUUUUUGUGUAAUAGUGUUGAGGAGAUUGAACCUAUGGGGGUUAAAGCAAUCGAGAAUUUGACUAAACUUCCUGUUUGGUGCAUUGGACCUUUGCUUCCUCAAUGUAUGCUCAAGAAAGGUGAAAAAGGUCCAAUCUUUGAAUCAAAAAAUGGUAAAGAUCAAAUCUUUGAAUCAAGAAAUGGUACAGAUCAGAUCUUUGAAUCAAGAAUUAGAAAAGAACAUGGAUUGUCACCAGAAAAAUGCAUAGAAUGGUUAAACAAACACCCCCAAAGUUCUGUUCUUUACAUAUCAUUUGGUUCACAAAACACAAUUAGUACUUCCCAAAUGAUGGCAUUGGCUUUGGGAUUGGAAGAUAGUGAAAGGCCAUUCAUUUGGGUGAUUAGGCCACCUAUUGGUUUUGACAUAAAAGGUGAGUUUAGAUCUGAAUGGUUGCCAAAAGGGUUUCAAGAAAGAGUGUCAAAAAGCCAAAAAGGUCUAAUAGUGAAAUCUUGGGCACCCCAAUUGCAAAUCUUGAGUCAUUCUUCAACUGGUGCAUUCUUGACUCAUUGUGGAUGGAAUUCAGUAUUGGAGAGUUUGAGUCAAGGUGUGCCUAUCAUUAGUUGGCCUUUGGCAGCUGAACAAGCAUUUAAUUCAAAGAUGUUAAUGGAGGAAAUGGGGGUUUGUGUUGAGUUAACUAAAGGGUUUUCAAGUGAUAUUGAAAAAGAGGUUGUGAAGAAAGUGGUGGAAAUUGUUUUGGGAAAAAGUGGAAAAGGUAAAGAAAUGAAGGAAAAAGCUAAUGAAAUUGGGAUGUGUAUUAGAGCUGCUGUUACAGAAGAGGGGGAUUUUAAAGGUUCUUCUGUUAAAGCAUUGGAUGAUUUCAUAUCUACACUACUUUAUAGAAGAAAUAUGUCAUCUUAAGAAGGAAUUUGCAGUUGAUUGUUUACUUUAGGAGCCUGCGGUUUAUCGAGUACAUGACCCUAGAGGAUACGGAAGUCAAAGAUUAGGAUAGAAGAUUCUUAUAUAGUUGAGCGUUGUCUAGCUUUUCUCAUUAAUAUUAUUGUUAUUGCUCUCCUACUAUUUGUUCUUCAAUUUUAAAAUUACUUGUUGUUUCCUUUGUUUCGGUUAUUGUAUUAUUUGUUGUUGUUA